AUGACCAUGGUCAUCAUCUCUCUGCUCCUACUGGUUUCUCUGCCGCCACAGCUGACCUUCACUGCUCAUGUGGGCAUAGUGAACGGCAAUGAAGCAACACCUCAUUCCAGACCUUACAUGGUUUCUGUUCAAUAUAAAGGGCAUCAUAUCUGUGGUGGAUUCCUCAUCAAUGAAGCGUUUGUGUUGACCGCUGCACAUUGCAGAACCAACAUUACUCUAUAUCUGACAAUCAUGGUUGGUGCACAUAACCUACAAAAUAUGAGCCAAGGAGCCAAACGCAUCAGAGUGAAGUCCUAUUACAAACAUCUGGAUUAUUAUGAUAGACCAAGAUAUGUAAAUGACAUCAUGCUUUUAAAGGUAAAAAACAGACAAACAGGCCUGAUAGAAAAGGUCACAAGAAGCCAAACUGUAAGUUGGAUAUCUAUACCAAAAGAAAAUGGAGGCAUCAACAAAGAUGCGGUUUGCAGUGUUGCAGGUUGGGGAAGUUUGGUUUUUAAUGGCACGCCAAGUCCAGUCCUCAUGGAAACAAAUGUGAAGAUCAUGAAUAACGCAAACUGUGAAGAGAGAUUGCAAUCAGAGUUCUUACCUUCGCAGAUGAUGUGUGUAUACGGCGAUGGAGGAAGCUGCAGUGGGGAUUCAGGAGGUCCUUUGGUUUGUGGAGACACUGCUGUUGGUGUCACAUCUUUUGUGGACACUAAUAUCUGCAAUUCGCCUGAGUAUCCUAAUGUGUAUACUAAGAUUUCAGCAUUUCUUCAGUGGAUCAACAAUAUAAUUAAAAGUGAUAUUUGA